GCUCCGGCCGCUGGGGGCUGUGGGUCGGCCCCUUGGCUGCGCUCCUGUCUCUGCGAGGUCUGGUGAGCCCCCUAGAGGUGUCAGUGAGCUCAGGGAGUAUCCAGGUUGCUCGGGGACAGACGGCAAUCCUGCCCUGUACCUUCACCACUAGCGCUGCCCUCACUAACCUUAAUGUCAUCUGGAUGGUCAUCCCACUCUCCAAUGCCAACCAGCCAGAACAGGUUAUUCUCUACCAAGGGGGGCAGAUCUUUGGUGGUGCACCCCAGUUCUAUGGGCGAGUGGGGUUUGCAGGGACAAUGCCAACCACCAGUGCCUCCAUCUUCAUCAACAACACCCAGCUUUCGGACACUGGCACGUACCAGUGUUUGGUCAACAACCUUCCAGACCGAGGUGGCAGGAACAUUGGAGUCAUUGGACUCACCGUCUUGGUUCCUCCUUCCGCUCCGCUCUGCAGAAUUCAGGGGUCCCUGGAUGUCGGCAGCGAUAUUACCCUGACCUGCAACUCAGAAGAAGGCAUUCCUCGGCCGACAUACCUCUGGGAGAAGUUGGACAAUGCUCCCAGGCUACCCCCGACUGCCACGCAAGGUGCUCGCUCUAUUGUUUAUCUUCCUCUUCCCCAGGUGGCUAAUUUGGCUUGGUUUUGUCUGUGCUGCCAAGCUCCAGGUUGCACCCUAACCCUGAUUUCGUCCUUCCCUUUUUGUUCCAUGUCCCCCACAGCUCAUCCUCGGAGCGUUGGCCUGAUUGCUGGAGCUGUUGCCACUGGUGCAGUUGUGCUCAUUGUUUGCAUUGUCUUGGUGGCUGUGGCACUGGUUUACUGGAAGAACAAACACAAGGAGGAAGAAGAGGAGGAGAUUCCCAAUGAGAUAAGGGAGGACGACCUGCCACCCAAAUGCUCUUCGGCCACAAAAGCGUUCCAUGGUGAUGCAUCCUCCUCGGAGAAUGACACCCUCACCUCCUCCAACACCUACAACAGCCGCUACUGGAACGACCCCAAGGCCAAUCAUGCCACAGACUCCUUCACCCGCUUCAGCAAUAACAACGACGUGCGCCAGCCCUUCUCCCGCUCCGGGAGCACCAACGCUCGCCCUGUCUAUGCCAACGGAGGCCACCCAUCCCCAGCUCCACCCAAGACGCUGGUGGUGACAGCCAGCACAGCACCGUCCCCACAGGAGGUGGCCAGGAGCAAUGGCUCAGUCAGCCGCAAGCCAAGGCCUCAGCACACACGCUCCUAUGCCGUGAGCCAGGCGACAUUGGAGCGGAUAGGGGCUGUGCCUGUCAUGGUGCCAGCCCAGAGCCGGGCAGGCUCCCUGGUGUAGGAAGUGAGAGCGGGUGUAAGGAAAGCAAGAAGCUAUUGUACCAGAUGGGGUGAAGAUCUGGCCAAGAGACCCUCCUCUUCCUCCCUGAAAUGGGAUGAAGGGGGAGACGUGCUUCUGCCUGGUGCCCGCCCCCCUUCACUAGACUUUAACCUACCAAUGAGAUGGUCCUUUCUUCACCACGCCACCCUCGGGAUCUCAGGGGGCUCCUCCAUACCAGCUGGAUCUCUCAGAUGUGCCAAGGCUAUGGGAGGGGCCCCAAGGGUGCCAGGCCCUUGCAGGGGAUGCUCGUUUGUUUCUAAUCUCCACCUGAUGUGGGGUUUGGGGUUUUUUGAUUUCCGAGGAGUGGCCGAGUUAGGUGGGGU